GGAGGGGCGCGAGGUUUCAAGAUGGCGGUAGCUCAGGGGUAGAGCGAGAGGCCGAGUUGAAGGCCCUUACGAAGUGAAAGAGGCCGGGAAUCGCCCCCUGCCCGCUUCUCGUAGUCCUGGGAGCACAGCAGAAGUUUGUGUUUUGAACUCUUGAGAGUCAAGCAUUAUAUCUGAAUUAAAUAUGCUUAAAUGAAUGAGUUUUUAGUGUCUUAGAAGUGUUGAGAAUGUACAGCAUACAUGCCAAGAAAAACCAUGGAGCGAGGCAAGGGUGAGGUUUUUCUUUUUUUAAUGAACAAGUAAACCAUACAAAUUGUCAACAUGGGACGGAGAUCUACAUCAUCCACCAAGAGUGGAAAAUUUAUGAACCCCACAGACCAAGCCCGAAAGGAAGCCCGGAAGAGAGAAUUAAAGAAGAACAAAAAACAGCGCAUGAUGGUUCGAGCUGCAGUUUUAAAGAUGAAGGAUCCAAAACAGAUAAUCCGAGACAUGGAGAAACUAGAUGAAAUGGAGUUUAACCCAGUGCAACAGCCACAAUUAAAUGAGAAAGUACUGAAAGACAAGCGUAAAAAACUGCGUGAAACCUUCGAACGUAUUCUACGACUCUAUGAAAAAGAGAAUCCAGAUAUUUACAAAGAAUUGAGAAAGCUAGAAGUAGAAUAUGAACAGAAGAGGGCUCAACUUAGCCAAUAUUUUGAUGCUGUCAAGAAUGCUCAGCAUGUGGAAGUGGAGAGUAUUCCUUUGCCGGAUAUGCCACAUGCUCCUUCCAACAUUUUGAUCCAGGACAUUCCACUUCCUGGUGCCCAGCCACCCUCUAUACUAAAGAAAACCUCAGCCUAUGGACCUCCAACUCGGGCAGUUUCUAUCCUUCCUCUUCUUGGACAUGGUGUUCCACGUUUGCCCCCUGGCAGAAAACCUCCUGGCCCUCCCCCUGGUCCACCUCCUCCUCAAGUCGUGCAGAUGUAUGGCCGUAAAGUGGGUUUUGCCCUAGAUCUUCCCCCUCGUAGGCGAGAUGAAGACAUGUUAUAUAGUCCUGAACUUGCCCAGCGAGGUCAUGAUGAUGAUAUUUCUAGCACCAGUGAAGAUGAUGGCUAUCCUGAGGACAUGGAUCAAGAUAAGCAUGAUGACAGUACUGAUGACAGUGACACCGACAAAUCAGAUGGAGAAAGUGACGGGGAUGAAUUUGUGCACCGUGAUGAUGGUGAGAGAGACAACAAUGAAGAAAAGAAGUCAGGUCUGAGUGUACGGUUUGCAGAUAUGCCUGGAAAAUCAAGGAAGAAAAAGAAGAACAUGAAGGAACUGACUCCUCUUCAAGCCAUGAUGCUUCGUAUGGCAGGUCAAGAAAUCCCUGAGGAGGGACGGGAAGUAGAGGAAUUUUCAGAGGACGAUGAUGAAGAUGAUUCUGAUGACUCUGAAGCAGAAAAGCAAUCACAAAAACAGCAUAAAGAGGAAUCCCAUUCUGAUGGCGCAUCCACUGCUUCUUCACAGCAGCAGGCUCCGCCGCAGUCUGUUCCUCCUUCUCAGAUACAAGCACCUCCCAUGCCAGGACCACCACCUCUUGGACCACCACCUGCUCCACCAUUACGGCCUCCUGGGCCACCUACAGGCCUCCCUCCUGGUCCACCUCCAGGAGCUCCUCCAUUCCUGAGACCACCUGGAAUGCCAGGACUCCGAGGGCCCUUACCCCGACUUUUACCUCCAGGACCACCACCAGGCCGACCCCCUGGCCCUCCCCCAGGUCCACCUCCAGGUCUGCCUCCUGGUCCCCCUCCUCGGGGACCCCCACCAAGGCUACCUCCCCCUGCACCUCCAGGCAUUCCUCCACCUCGUCCUGGCAUGAUGCGCCCACCUUUGGUGCCUCCCCUUGGACCUGCCCCCCCUGGGCUUUUCCCACCAGCUCCCUUGCCGAACCCUGGGGUUUUAAGUGCCCCACCCAACUUGAUUCAGCGACCCAAGGCGGAUGAUACGAGUGCAGCCACCAUUGAGAAGAAAGCCACAGCAACCAUCAGUGCCAAGCCACAGAUCACUAAUCCCAAGGCAGAGAUUACUCGAUUUGUGCCCACUGCACUGAGAGUACGUCGGGAGAAUAAAGGGGCUACUGCUGCUCCCCAGAGAAAGUCAGAGGAUGAUUCUGCUGUGCCUCUUGCCAAAGCAGCACCCAAAUCUGGUCCUUCUGUUCCUGUCUCAGUACAAACUAAGGAUGAUGUCUAUGAGGCUUUCAUGAAAGAGAUGGAAGGGCUACUGUGACAGCUUUUGAUGCCAGAACAGGCUUCUGUUCACAACAGUGGCCCAUGGAGAAAGAAGCUCUUAUUAAACUUAGAUGAAAGAGCUGCUUCCAUUGUCAGGGUAUUUUCUAAUUUCAGUUCAAGGAAUAUCCUAAAAUUUAGCCUUGUUCAGAAUUUACUGCACAUAAAAGAGGGUAUUUCAUCCAGAAUAGAUCAGUUAUUGAAGCAGUGCUGCUAACAUCCAUUCCCUUUCACACCACCAUUUUCAUCCUGUUUCUUCCCCUCCUCCAGUUCUUUGGAAAUUUGUGAUCACCGGGGGAUCUUAGUUGCUUAUUUGUUUUGACUCUCUUGUGUGCUGUGGGCACUGGAGUAGAGAUUUUUGAAAAAAACAGUUUAUUUCAUCUUGCCUUUUGUGUUUGAGUUAUUUUUAAUAUUUUCCUGUAAAUAUUUUGUAAUAUUUUACUUGUAAUGAAAUGGAUCACAAUGUCAUUUCCUAAUACAAGGCAGGAUGUGUGGGAAGAAAAUGUACAAUUAUUUGAUUAAAAUUAUUUCCCACUGACCUAAACUUUCAGUGAUUCGUGGGAAAAAUAAAUAAAUGUUCUACACCAAGA